AUGUAAUUAUAUUGUUGCUGUUUGUUGUAAAUGCUCAGUUUCACAUGUCUACAAAGUCAAAGGAUAAGAAUUAUUUURUAACAUACUGUAUUGCAUUUCUCUUUGUAAUUUUAAAGUGAUAGCUUUUCCCAAUUUAUUUAUGUUUUUUAUGUAGGCAUUUAUUUUGAUAAAAGCUUAUGCAAAGCAGAUAUGUUUAAAACAUUUGGGCAAAUAGUUUUGAAUAACAGAGCUGAUUUUAUAUUGUUCCAAAAGUCCCAUGCUGCAGUGAGAUGUGACGUCAAUGAUACGGGAGGAAAGAGCUGCAGAAUUAAUUCAUUAGGAACUGGAAAACCUUUUUUUUUUACUAAAAGGACUGUAUAAUAUAUCUCUGCUCAAAUUAGUGCCUGUGGAUGUUUUAGUUGUUUUUUUCUGGUUUGUUUGAUCUAUUGAAUGCAGGCGGAUAUGUGAGAAUCAGGUUUAGUCCUAAUAGAAAAGGUUAAACACAAUAAAGUGUAGCCUCUCUGACUUCUGACCCAGUGACCUUGUAGAUGAACAGUUUUGAGCAGCCUCAUCAUCGUUAUAUGCUCUCUUAUUACUGUGCCCUGUCAUCCGUAAACUCCAGACAAAAAUCUUUUCUUUUUUUCCUGUUCUUUUUUUUCUGAAUCAGUUCAUUUCAAUGUCUUUUUUCUGCAUAGUCAAGUUUUAAUUUGUUGGAACCGGACCAGACUAAUAAGUAUUAAUUUAUGUCAAAUCUUGCCGGGGCUCCUCUGCAGCCACAGCCUUAUCAGGUCACCCUCCAGCUUCUGCUUAGCGUUCAAUUAGGUCCCUCAUCCCAUCAGAGCAGAUCAUGUCAGAGCUGCACCUACUGGCAGYAGGCUGAGCGAGCCCUGCCUCCUUCAGUGUCUGCUUGUCUUUCUGUUGUCCAGUGUUGGACACUGAGGUAAUGUGCCCGGGGGAAUCUUAUUGAAAAUAAAAUGCUAUUCCAAGUCUUUGGAGGAAACAGUGAUGCUGUAAGCUUAUUUCCCAGCCUUGCUCAACUCUUCACAAGCGUCUGACAGAUGCCCGAGCAGCCUGCUUCGUUGCUGAGGUUCGAGAUUCCACAGGUGUUGGCUCAUGUGCUGGGCGGGCCUGCAGAGAGCAGAAACACGAAUGUCACUGUGGAGUAUAAAAUCAGAGAACGGGUUUGACAGCAGGUACAGAAGGGACAUCACAGUGAACCAUAGACAGGUCCAGCCUGACCGUUUCUCCUUCAGACCACCAAACAAACAGGAAUAAUGAGUCGCAGCCCGGACAGGAUUUCAUCUUAUCGCCGUCACUUUGAGGACAGCAGCAGCUCAACCUACCAGGUAAGGGUGUCCAGUCCGUCUCCCACCAGGGGACAGACCCGUCAUGGCUCCUCCGGCUACUCUGCCAGAUCUGGGUCCAGCAGCAUGUGUGUGGACUCAGUGGGACGAAGGACCUCCUCUGCAKUGCGCAGGUCUCGCACGGCUGGAGUUGGUGUCAGCGCAGGAGCCUUGGUGUGCGUUGGUCCAAGUGGAGAGCGUCCCAUAGACCUGGAUGCAGCUGCAGCUGAGAACCAGGAGUUUCUCAGCACCCGAACAACUGAGAGACAGGAAAUGAUUGUCCUCAAUGACAGACUGGCUGUUUAUAUUGACAAGGUUCGAUCACUUGAGCAGAAGAACAAACUGCUGGAGGCAGAGAUUGAGGCCUACCAAGGCCGCUUUGAGAAACCAACAGGUCUUCGUUUGUUGUAUGAGGARCAAUUAAAGGAGCUGAAAAGGAUUGCUGAGCAGAUGAAAGUCCAGCGGGACCUUUCUUUGGAGGCUAAGGAAACUGCAGCUGCUCAACUAGAGGCAAUCAAAAUCAAAUACGAGGAAGCAGUGGAGCUAAGAAAGAAGGCUGAGUUAGACAUUGAAAUCAUCCGCCCGGAUGUCGACAGAGCAACUUCCUCUCGCAUUGUGUUGGAGAAGAAGUUGGAGCAGCUGGAAGUGGAAAUAGAAUUUUUGAAACGAAUCCAUCAGCAGGAAAUUGAUGAACUUUUGAAAAAGAUCUAUUCAGCUCAUGUUUCAGCUGAAAGUGCCUUUGCUUUGCCUGAUCUGGCUGGUGCGUUGAAACAAAUCCAAACCCAGUACGAUGACAUUGCGGCCAAAAAUCUUCAGGAAAUGGAUUCAUGGUAUAAAAACAAGUUUGAAGAUCUAACCAAAAAGUCAUCCAGGCAUGUCGAUAAAGUUCGAAGCGUUAGAGAAGAAAUAGCAAAUGCCAAAAAAGAUAUCCAAAGUAAAGAGCGUGACUUGGACUCAUUGAGGACCAGAAAUGAAGCCCUUGAAGCUCAGAUACGAGAGCGGGCAGAAAAGUACAAGAAAGAACUGGAAGACCUGCAGGCUCGAAUAGAGGCCCUGCAGCUUGAGCUGAAAUCCACCAAGGAGAAAAUUGCACUGCACCUGAGCGAGUACCAGGAACUCCUGAAUAUCAAGAUGGCUCUGGAGAUAGAGAUUACUACUUACAGAAAAUUGAUUGAGGGGGAAGACCUGCGGCUGUCUGGCAUGAUGCAAUCCCUGUCUCUUACCAGCUGUAGCAUGAGCACCAUUAGCGCUGGGAACGGUGAAAACCGAGGAUGAUGUGGUGGAGAUGGACCACCAAGAACAGACCUACACCAUCUCUGGUGCUGCAGAUGACUCUGAUGUUGAAUGAAUAACAAAUUU